AUGUCUGGAGGAAAGUAUGUACGUGCGCCCGGUUACAAGGAUAUCUCGGAAUAUAACGAUUAUCUUAUCGACGACAUGUGGGCUGACGAGUCAGAUAUCGAAGGACAGGAAGAAAGACAAGAUGAUUACAGUGGUGGAGAUAGCGACGACAGCUCUGGCUUCGGCGGUGUAUACGACAACGUUGAGGAAUCAACUGCUGAGGCGGCCGAUGAAUGCAAGCCGUGGGUUCCAAUCAACCAAUGUGGGGAUCUAACACGGUGCCUCGUCAGACUGAAGACAGCUGGAAUACUGGAAAAAGUUCGUCUAUGCGGUUAUAGUAGCGAAGAUCAGGACCGGUUCGUACGGGCGCAACUAUUGAAAGGAAUGCGGAACAAAGAUUUGGUAAAAACUGCACGAACUUUUGGUUAUGAGACCCUUUUCGUUGAACAAUCUGCUACCCGCGAGGAGGCAUACACUGCUGAAACGGCACAAUCGGAUCCCAAUCAAGCAUUCGCAGUAGCCCAGCAUCAUGUCCGAGCACCUGGAAAAUCACAGCAACGGAAGCGAAAGAACGAAGAAGCGGAUGAUAGGUGGAUCGACUCGAAAAGACGCGCGAUGGUCGAACGCAGGAAACGAGGAAUGGGACGUCGAUCACGGUGCCCUAAGUGUAACCGUCUUUUUCACAAAUUCGGAUCAUGCCCGGCAAUCAACGUUAACUGCAACACUUGCGGUGAACGGGGACAUUUUGCUAUAGUAUGUCGAAGGAAAAUUGCCAACCAGUUACGCGCGGAGCGGGAUAAUUCACCAGGCUGGAGAAUGGAUGAAAACGACGAAAAGGAAAUAAACGCAAUUUCGUUGGCAGACACUUUAAUACAUUGUCAUGUAGGAAAGUCAAAACCGAUUCGUUUUAUGAUUGAUUCCGGGGCGGAUGUCAACACGAUAGGUGGAGAUGACUGGAUAAACCUCAAACGUGAAUUUCUGUCAGGAAGCGCUAUGCUGGAGCCCAUUAAAAUGACAAAUGAUGGUGGCAUUUGCUCGUAUGCCUCUGCAAAACCCAUCUCUGUAAAGGGUGCUUUUAAAGCUGUAAUUGAGGUAGUAGGACACAGCAAGCCUUCGAUACUAGCGGUGUUUUAUGUCGUUGAUCAAGGAUCCCGUUCGCUGUUAGGCCGCUCCACGGCUAGCGACUUAAGGCUGCUUAAAGUUGAUCUAAGCGUCAAUAGCUGCGAAAAAACGUUCCCCAAAGUUCCAGGAGUUCGGGUUAAAUUCAGUGUUGAUCCAUCCGUAACUCCGGCAAAAAAUGCGUAUUACAAUGUACCAGCAGCGUACAAAGAGAGCGCAAGAGCUCGGCUUUCAGAGAUGGAAAAUCAAGGGAUCAUCGAACGUGUGACAUCGGCCCCUGACUGGAUCAGCGGCAUGUCGGCAGUGGCUAAAGGAAAAAACGAUUUCCGACUUGUCGUUAACAUGAAGGCACCGAACCGUGCAAUCAAAAGAGAGUACUAUCGCUUACCAUCAUUGGACGAAAUGAGAACCAAACUCCACGGGGCAAAGUACUUUACGAAGCGUGAUUUGUCCAAUGCGUUUUACCAUUUGGAGCUCCACGAACAAUCCAGGGACCUCACCACUUUCUUGACUGAAAAUGGCAUGUUUCGAUUCACGCGCCUGAUGUUCGGAGUGAUCUGCGCCCCGGAAAUCUUCCAGCGGGAGAUGUCAAGACUACUCUUAGGAGAGGAGAACGUCAUAGUGUAUAUUGACGACAUCCUUAUGUUUGCUGAUAACUUUGAUCAACUUCGCGGAACUGUAGCUCGUGUGUUGAGGAUUCUUAGAGCAAAUCAUUUGACGUUGAACUCUGCGAAAUGUGAAUUCGAUAAAAAGCGUAUAAGAUGGCUUGGGCACGAACUCGAUGAAAAGGGGUUUAAUAUCGACGAGGAUAAGGUAAAGGAUAUACGUAGGUUUCGACAACCGAACACCGUAUCCGAGCUACGAAGCUUCCUGGGACUAGCUUCCUUUGUAAGCCCAUACAUCCGAGGCUUUGCCGACAUAGCAAACCUGCUGUGGGCACUCACGAACAGCUCGAACGCUGAUCCUUCUUCGCGGCUGUAUGAAGGCGUGGAUGACCCGUUCGAAGACGGCGUUAGCCCUUGGGAGCUUGCUUCCCUGGAAGUGAACAGAAUCGAAUUUUUAACCGAGAAGGACAUUGCAGACGCCACUGUCAAAGAUAAACAGCUUACCGAGGUAAUAGAUGCCGUGGAAACGGGCGUUUGGCCGAAGCACUUGAAGCAGUUUCAGGUGCUAGGGAAUGAUUUAACCACACGAGAAGGACUGUUGAUUAAAACGGGUUGGGCGGUCAUACCUGAGAGUAUCCGACAGGAAACUUUGGCGGUAGCUCAUUCAGGCCAUCCAUCGACUGCAAAGGUUAAGAAUAUUCUCAGAGAACGUGUAUGGUGGCCUGGAAUGACGAAGGACGCUGAAGCUUGGGUAACAUCUUGUGGUGUUUGUGCAACUAACGGAAGGCCCGAAUGGCCAACACCCAUGACUCGUGUGUUUGCCCCACAAACUGUAUGGGAGACCAUUGGCAUAGAUUUCAAUGGUCCCUAUAACAAAUUUGGCGGAGUUUCUAUUCUAGUUUUAGUGGACUAUCGUUCACGAUACGUUAUCGCUAAGCCCGUGAGAUCGACAAGUUUCGCGCAUACCCGAAAAAUCUUGGACGAAAUUUUUGAAAAGGAAGGCUAUCCUCAGACUAUAAAAUCGGAUAAUGGGCCUCCAUUUAACGGAGAUGAAUAUAAGAUGUACUGCUCAGAGCGUGGCAUCAAUGCAACUUUCUCCACGCCGUUAUAUCCCCAACAGAACGGGUUGGCUGAGAGUUGCAUGAAGUUGGUGAAUAAAGCAAUGAGUGCCGCUUCUGCUAGUGGAACACCCUAUGAAGAUGAACUAAGUGCAGCCGUCCAAGCGUAUAACGCAGCUACUCACUCCGUUACCGGAGUACCACCGGAAGAGGUGAUGACGGGUCGGAAAAUAAGGCGUAGACUACCGCUUCUAUGCCGUGGAAAGGUUAAUUUCGAUGAUAACCUGCUUAAUGCUAAAGAUCUGAAGUCGAAAACAGAGGCCUAA